UCGUGACUUUUCUUUUUUUGGGGUUAGCAAGGUUUAUCGCCUUUUAGGACCCGAGGUGUUGUGGUGCUUGUGAGACGUUGUUUUGAGUCACUGCCGUGACACUCAGACGACCGAGGAGCGGUUCAACAGAGCUGAUCAACCUACCUGGAGCGAUUGGGCUGCCGCUCACUCAGAGCGCAGCCGAGGAUGGACCUUCUGUAGUGCUCCUUCGCCAAACAUCUUCCACUCAGCAUGCCGGUUGGAGUGCAUAGAGAGAUCUCCUCUCCCCUGCGCAUGAGGGCUCUGGAGCACUAUUGCAUACAGUGGGGCAAAAAAGUAUUUAGUCAGCCACCGAUUGUGCAAGUUCUCCCACUUAAAAUGAUGACAGAGGUCAGUAAUUUACAUCAUAGGUACACUUCACAGUAGGUAUGGUGUUCUUGGGAUGCAACUCAGUAUUCUUCUUCCGCCAAACAUGACGAGUUGAGUUUAUACCAAAAAGUUCUACUUUGGUUUCAUCUGACCACAUGACAUUCUCCCAAUCCUCUGCUGUAUCAUCCUUGUGCUCUCUGGCAAACUUCAGAUGGGCCUGGACAUGCACUGGCUUCAGCAGCGGAACACGUCUGGCACUGCAGGGUUUGAUUCCCUGCCGUUGUAGUGUGUUACUGAUGGUGGCCUUUGUUACUGUGGUCCCAGCUCUCUGCAGGUCAUUCACCAGGUCCCCCCGUGUGGUUCUGGGAUUCUUGCUCACCGUUCUCAUGAUCAUUUAGACCCCAUGGGAUGAGAUCUUGUGUGGAGCCCCAGAUUGAUGGAGAUUAUCAGUGGUCUUGUGUGUCUUCCAUUUUCUGAUAAUUGCUCCCACAGUUGAUUUUUUCACACCAAGCUGCUUGUAGAUUCACUCUUCCCAGUCUGGUGCAGGUCUACAAUUCUUUUCCUGGUGUCCUUCGAAAGCUCUUUGGUCUUGGCCAUCGUGGAGUUUGGAGUCUUGACUGUUUGAGGCUGUGGACAGGUGUCUUUUAUACAGAUAAUGUGUUCAAACAGGUGCCAUUAAUACAGGUAACGAGUGGAGGACAGAAAAGCUUCUUAAAGAAGAUGUUACAGGUCUGUGAGAGCCAGAGAUUUUCCUUGUUUGAAGUGACCAAAUACUUAUUUUCCACCCUGAUUUACAAAUAAAUUCUUUAAAAAUCCUGCCAUGUGAAUUCAUGGAUUUUAUUUCACAUUCUGUCUCUCACAGUUGAAGUGUACCUAUGAUGUAAAUUACUGACCUCUGUCAUCAUUUUAAGUGGGAGAACUUGCACAAUCGGUGGCUGACUAAAUACUUUUUUGCCCCGCUGUAUUUUAACAUUGUUCCUUUUAUUGUUGCCGUUAUCAACCCCUGUUGGUGGACUUUAACGCUCACGCGGGCAACAACAGUGAGAUCUGGGGAGGUGUGGUUGCGAGAAACAGCCCCCUGAUCUGAAUUCGAGUGGUGUUUUGUUAUUGGACUUCUGUACUAGUCCUGGAUUGUCCAUAAUGAACACCAUGUUCAGACAUAAAGGUGUCCAUAUGUGCUCUUGGCACCAGGAUACCUUAGGCUGCAGCUCAAUGAUCAACUUUGUUGUUGUUUCAUCUGACCUGCGGCCGCAUGUCUUGGACCCUCGGGUGAAGAGAGGGGCGGAGCUGUCAACUGACCACUACCUGGUGGUGAGUUGGCUCAGAUGGUGGGGGAGGAUGCCGGUCAGACCAGGCAGGCCCAAACGUAUCGCAAGGGUCUGCUGGGAACGUCUGGCAGAAUCUCCUGUCAGAAGGAGCUUCAAUUCCCACCUCCGACAAAACUUCCAAAAUGUUCCGGGGGAGGUGGGGGACAUUGAGUCUGAAUGGACCCUGUUCCGUACCUCCAUUGUUGAGGUGGCUGACCGGAGCUGUGGGCGCAGGAUCGUCGGUGCCUGUCGUGGUGGCAACCCCGAACACGCUGGUGGACACUGGCGGUUAGGGAUGCUGUCAAGCUGAAUGUGGCAAGGUGUAGAAACGAGGGCCCGGGCGGGAUUCGAUCCCCAGACUCCCGGGUGAGAGUCAUGUGCGCUAACCAGUCAGCCAAAGGGACAUCCCCUUGGUCAAGUAGCCAGAGCACAUGAUCAGUCAGGACACAGUGACGACAGGACGCUCACACUGUCACAUGAAGAAAGCGUCCUAUCAGGUCUUUUUGGCCUGUGGGACUCCAGAGGCAGCUGACGGGUACCGGCAGUCCAAGCGGAAUGCGGCUCGGGUGGUCACAGAGGCAAAAACCCGGGCGUGUGAGGAGUUCGGUGAGACCAUGGCACAAGACUUCCGUACGGCUUCGAGGAGAUUCUGGUCCACCAUCCGGCGCCACAGGGGGAGAAAGCAGUUUAUUACCAACUCAAUUUAUAGUGGGGACGGUGUGCUACUGACCUCUACUCAGGAUGUUGUGGAUCAGUGUGCAGAAUACUUUGAAGACCUCCUCAAUCCCACCGACAUGUCUUCCAGUGAGGAAGCAGAGUCUGGGGACUUUGAGUUGGCCUCUUAAACCUCUGGUGCUGAUGUCACUGAGGUGGGUAAAAAGCUCUUCUGUGGCAAGGCUCCAGGGGUGGAUGAGAUCCGCCCGGAGUUCCUUAAGGCUCUGGAUGUUGUGGGGCUGUGUUGGCUGACGCGGCUCUGCAAUAUCGCGUGGACAUCAGGGGCAGUCCCACUGGACUGGCAGACUGGGGUGGUGAUCCCCUUAUUUUAAAAGGGGGACUGCAGGGUGUGUUCCAGCUACAGGGGGAUCUCACUCCUGAGCCUUCCUGGUAAGGUCUAUUCAGGGGUUCUGGAGAGGAGGGUCCAUCAGAUUGUUGAACCUCAGAUUCAGGAGGAGCAAUGUGGUUUUCGUCUUGGCCGUGGAACACUGGACCAGUUCUAUACUCAUAGGGGAAUCCUGGAGGGUGCGUGGGAAUUUGCCCAACCAGUCUUCAUGUGUUUUGUGGAUUUGGAGAAGGCGUUUGACUGCGUCCCUUGGGGGGCCCUGUGGGGGGUACACUGGGAGUAUGGGGUACCAGGCCCUCUGAUACGGGCUGUUAGCUCCCUGUAUGACUGGUGUCAGAGCUUGGUCCGUAUUGCCGGCAGUAAGUCGGGCUCGUUCCCAGUGAGAGUUGGACACAGCCAAGGCUGCCCUUUGUCACCGAUUCUGUUCAUAACUUUUAUGGACAGGAUUUCAAGGCGCAGCCAAGGUGUUGAGGGCAUCUUUUUUGGUGGCCUGAGGAUCAGGUCUCUGCUUUUUGCAGAUGAUGUGAUCCUGUUGGCUUCAUCAGAACGUGAUCUUCACCUUUCGCUGGAGCGGUUUGCAGCCGAGUGUAAAGCAGCUGGGAUGAGAAUCAGCUCCUCUAAAUUUGAGGCCAUGGUCUUGAUUCGGAAGAGGGUAGAAUGCCUUCUCCGGGUCAGGGAUGAGGUCCUGCCCCAAGUGGAGGAGUUUAAGUAUCUCGGGGUCUUGUUCACGAUGAGUGAGGGGAAAACUGGAGCAUGAGAUCGAUAGGCGGAUUGGUGCUGCAUCUGCAGUGAUGCGGGCGUUGUACCGGUCUGUCGUGGUGAAGAGAGAGUCGAGUCAAACGGCGAAGUUCUCGAUUUACCGGUCAAUCUAUGUUCCUACCCUCACCUAAGGUCAUGAGCUUUGAGUAGUGAUCGAAAGAACGAGAUUGUGGAUACAAGCGGCCGAACUCCGCAGAGUGGCUGGGCUCUCCCUCAGAGAUAGGGUGAGAAGCUCGGUCAUCCGGGAGGGGCUUGGAGUAGAUUCGCUGCUCUUCCACAUCGAGAGGAGCCAGUUGAGGUGGCUCAGGCAUCUGGUCAGGAUGCCUCCUGGACGCCUCCCUGGUGAGGUUUUCCGGACACGUCCAACUGGGAGGAGGCCGAAAGGUAGAUCCAGGACAUAUGGAGGGACUAUGUCUCUCACCUGGCCAGGGAACGCCUUGGGAUUUCCGCGGAGGAGCUGGCCCAAGUGGCUGGGGAGAGGGAAGUCUGGGCCUCUCAACUUAGGCUACUGCCCUCGCAACCCUACUUCGGAUAAGCGGAUGAAGAUGGAUGGAUGGAUGGGUUUUCAACCCCUGUUUGUUUUGUCCAGGCUGGAGCCAAGGGGGGAGGCAGUGGUCCUCUGGUGUCGUUUGCUGUGUGCUGGCUGGUGUUGGUUCCUGCGUGACUGCUCACUAUUGGUUGGGGUGAUUUUUGUAUUUAGUUUUUCUUAUUUUGCUAAAUCCUCUAGUGAUCCCACUACACCUUGGUAAGCUCCAGCCUUGUGACGCCAGUUAUUUUCCUUUGUUUAAAUUCCCCCUUCUUAAAUUAGUAUUUUGAAAUGAUGCACUUGAUUAAACUUGUCUUUUACAAAUAUAGUUGUUUAAUAAAUUUAUGAAACUGUUGCAACCUCGUUUCUGCCGCCUUUUUGGAGCAUGAACCUACGUGUGCCUAGAGGUAUCUAAUUUUAUUUCUCUGGUGAAAUUCUCAAGGUGGCAUUGUUGUGUGUUCUCCCAGUUCAGGUAGUUGUUAAUCAAGGUUAAAGGGGCUCGCUUCAUAAAGAAGGUACUCUACCGUGAGCUCCGCCACAUUUGGAUGCUGACACAGAUCUGAAAAAGAAUGUUGGACCUCAGUAAGGAGUGGAGCAUCUCUUUUGCAGGAUGUGGCUUUAUGGGGAUUUAUUACGUCGGGGUGACGAGCUGUAUCCUUGAACGUUUCCCUCGCUUCCUCCAAGAGGCCUCUAAGGUCUAUGGAGCCUCGGCAGGGGCUCUGAUGGCUGCUGUCGGCACUUUAGGAAUCCCCCUGGAUAAAUGCUGUGCUGAUCUGAUGCACAUGGCCAAAGAGGCCAGGAAGCACAGUCUGGGGCCUCUUCACCCAGCUUACAAUCUGCUACAGAUCGUCCAGGACACACUGCUGGGGAGAUUUCCAGAGGACGCCCACGUCCGAGCCUCUGGGAAGCUCUGUGUGUCCCUCACCAGAGUAUCUGAUGGGAAAAACCUACUGGUCUCACAGUUUGACAGCAGAGAUGAGCUCAUUCAGGCUCUUAAAUGCAGCUGCUUUGUUCCCUUGUACUGUGGCGUCGUUCCACCGACCUACCGUGGAGAGUAUUACGUGGAUGGGGCUGUCAGCGACAACAUGCCCCGCUGCAACCUGGGAAAAACAGUCACCGUCUCGCCUUACUCUGGUGAGAGUGAUCUAUGUCCCCGAGCGACCACGGUGAACUUCUAUGAGGUGUGCUUCAACAACGUUAGCAUCCAGGUCAACUUGGAGAAUUUGUAUAGAGUAACCAGCACUUUCUUCCCCCCUGAGGCAGAGGCAAUGGCUGAAAUCUGUCAUAAUGGCUACAUGGAUGCUCUCCGUUUCUUGCAAGAAAACGAUCUGAUCAGCAGUGAACUUCCACUGAGGAGUUUGGAGGCUGACGCAUCUGAGCGUUGUUGUGAGCAGUCACCGGUACAGACAGAAAUCAAGCAGCAUCAGGAAGGUCACCAGUGGCUGAAUCCAGAGCUCAUAAAGAACCUCCCAAUUACCAUUCAGAGAGUCUUGUGUACAGCCUGUAGAGAGACACACUCUGCUGAUGGGCUGUUGACCCAAAUGACCGAGUACCUGUCAAAGAAAGUGCCAUCCUAUCUGCCCUUUGAGUCAGCCUGCUUUCUAGCUCAGAGAGUUAAGGACUGGAUUCCAGAUGUGCCCCGAGAUGUGAGCCGGAUAUUUGGUUCAACAGAAGGCAAACAAACUUUAAAGGAAAAGGUAGAAGGUAGUAAAAGUCGGCCUCUUCUGCACAGAAGCACAAGCCUUCCAUCAGACCUGAACCUGUGCCAUCCAACACAUGAUGUCAAACGCUUUUGCACUAAGUUCAGAGGCCAGCCCCACCUGGAACCCUGAUAGCAUGAUGCCACCUUCAGCCACAGCACCCGCCAUGAGCUCUGGAUCUGAUGAAGCCAGUGUGGAGUCUGCUCCAAGUGCAGGUGGAGGGUCGGGUUUAGGCAGAGCGCUGGAUUUCCUUAGAAACUUUGGGUCUGAGCAAAGUUCAGACACCAGAUAAAUAUCUAAUUCAUUCUCUUUGUCUGGACUCAAGGAAAAAUGUUUUAAUGUUGCAUUUGAGAAGAAGUAUUGAAUAAAUGAAUGUAUGAGAUUGUUACUGUCCAAGAACAUAUGAGAAACUGACCUGUGUUCAGUCAUUGUUUUCUAAGUUGAACUGUGUUGCUGGGAUUCUUGUCUGCGCCAAUCUUGAAAACUGAUGUUUUCAUCUGACUUUGAGUGAUCGCUUCUUCUGCUGCACCUUCUGCUCUGUAUCUACUCAGUUUCUAACUUUGUAUUUCCUAUUUUAAAGCCAUACUUUGCAACUUUUUCAUAUUGUCAUUUUCUUGAGCCAGUAAGUGCUAAAAUGACCCUUUACAUGGUUAUUGAGAUGUCACUCAGACCCCCACCGCCCUCUGGCAAGAAUACCGCAUUUGCAACUUCAGACUGGCUGCCUCUCCCUGUUGGAUAGAAGGCAUACCUGGCACUGCAGUCUGCAUCCAGCACGUUUCAUGCAUGUUUUAGAUCAUGAACACAGCUGAUUUGUUUAAUUCGGUGAUAAGUUGCUCCUCUAGACACUAAAGCCGGGCGUACACUGUGCGACUUUUUCACUUUUUUGAGCCGAUCUUCUACUCGUGCGAGAAUCCACAAGAUCGGGGGGGUUACGAGAGGCGAUUAACACCACGUGACCAGCUACCGAUCAGCAAUUGUGAGCUUAUACGGACUUCUGGCGUGUUUGAUAUUUUGCUCGUCCCUCGUGAGAGUAUCGCACUGAUGAAGCGGCGCUGCAAGCAGCUGCGACCCAAAAAGUAUCAGAACCGCUCACGGCGCAUGCGCAAUCCUGCAUCAACAUCACUCGCCCGCUAUUUCCCUAAUAACACACGUUGUUCGUUUUUAUUUCUACACGUUUUUUUUACUCAAAAAGAUUGUCAAGAAAGCGUGUUUGUUGUGUUCAUGUCAAAUUAAACUGAUCACAAAACACAGAUUUACUUUCUUUAUUUCAUUUUCCUCAUCCAACCCCCAUAAAUCCCCGUGUGUCCUCCUGCAGCACUCCCGAAGGACAACAGGCAAAACAAAAAAAGUCUGACGUGUUGUGUAAAAACAGCACAUUUUUAGGGCCGACAUGUUGCUACCAGACGUACAGUGUGAGCAGUCAGAUCGUGUCCGAGAACUGGGUCGUACAGUGUGAGCGCAUGACUCGUGAGAUCUGCCCUGCGAGGAAGUCGUACAGUUUGAGCUGAAGCUGAGUGCUAUGAGUGGAAAAAGUCGCACAGUGUCCACCCAGCUUAAGGAAAGCUGGGGAGAUAUUUCAGAUGUUAGAUUAAGGUGUUAAAAGAAGAACACACAGUGAGGAGAUAAAAUUUUUGUUUUUACCACAGAGAGUUAAUAAUAGACACAUGGGGGUGCUAAAAGCAAGCAAAACUGCCAAGUCUGUCUUAAAAUUAAAUUUUAUUUGUGUAUUUUAAAUUAGAUUUUGAGAUAAACUGUUUUAUGUUUUCACAGUUUUUUCUUGUAUCUGGAAAGCACACUGCCUAUUUGUAUGAAAUGUGUUUUAUAAAUGAAACUGCCUUGGCCAAUCUAACUUACUCAAUAAAGAGUGGGGGUUGAACAUGAAUGUCAUUUAUUGAGGAGUAAGAGGCAUGGUCACUCCUUGAGAGUUGUUGGUCACCCCACUGGCCCCCCAACGAAGACCAACCUCACCCCCUUAAUCACAUUCAUGUCCAUAUUUUUUAAUCAUCAUAAAUUUUAAAGCCAAUAAAUGAAUGUAUUUAAAUUAAAUAGUAAUGAAUCACUUUUUAAUAAAUCACAGUUUAAAUAUAUCUAUAUGUCACUGAUGUUUUUGUUGAGACAUUUGUCUUUUUUCUGAAAUGUUUGUUUCUUAAGUCUGAGUUGAAACUGCAAUGGCAAAUCUGCAAAACAAACUAGCCUAAAACAGCUGCUACUACUUCAACUUUGGAACAAACUACCAGAGUCCCAAAAAGAAAAACACCAUUUGAAGUCACAAACAACAAAAGAUAUCUAGACCUAGUAAACUGGUGUUUAGCACUCUCUCGUUUCCUCUGUCAAUGUUGGUUCCACUUCUGGUGGAUGUGGCCUGGAGUUGAGUAUGAUACUCUAUGUGUUAGCAUUUAAAAGCUAACUUGUAUAGAUUUGCUAUCGUAGCUUUAAAUGUGUUGGGUGCAUAGGCUUAUUGUUAAAAAAAAUGAAGGAGCAAUACGCAACUUCAGGCUAAACUCUCCCAGAGUUAUCACAAGGACAAAUUUGGUGUGCCACCCAAAUAUUUUACAGGGCCCCUCUUUGAAAAUUUUUUGGAGACGCCCCUGGAAAUGUGCUGUUAAAGAGCUCCAAUAAAAGCUCCUUUCACUAAACAUUCUGCAACAAAAUAAUCAAUAGUUGGAAAAUCUGUACAAUUGAAACAUUAUCUUACAUUAUUGAUUACAUUAAUCUUAAACCUCCUUAAAUACAUUAAUUGUAACAGAUGGAAAAAGGGAGAUCAUCCAUCAAUCAUGAUUUUCCUAGAUCUCCCAGUCCUCAAAGACACUCUCCAGCUUCGCCAAAGACAUUCCAAGGUCAGAUAGGAUUUACAAUUCCUUCAGCAAGUUCUCUGGCUCCAAAAGGGUCUCCUUCCAGUUGGAUGAAAAAUAUAAGCAGAUAACCAAACUACCUCAGUUGACUACGUUUGAUUGGGAUAAGCAGCGAUUGUGAGUUCCUCACCCCUUUCUCAAUGCAUAUAAAAUAAAUUUCAUAGCAGUUACACAUUAAAUCAAAUUACAGUAAGUUGCAAAACAAUAUUGAUCUCUUAACCCCAACCCUAGCUCAGAAGUACAUAAGAAGUUAUAAUUUUAUCUUUAGAAGGUUUUUAAAUUGAGCAUUUUUUUCAAACCUUGUCCAAACUGUGUCACUGUUUUACUCCAUCCAUACACUUCCUUUAAGAUGGUAUGUACCAUUGUACUUUUGGUUUGAUCUUCAAACAAUAAACAUCUGCAAGUUAA